CCCCACCGUCCUUAUAAUUUUAGAUAAACGAAUAUAACAUUAUAUCUAAUGUCCCCGAACAAUCCGACGCCCAUUGCCCAUACAAUACACACGAAACACGGAUCAGUUCUUAACUUAUGCACCCGGACAAAGCCAAAACGGCAAACCCCGGUCGUGAAAGUCAAACUGUCCGUCUUGUGGGAAUCGUGGCGUUCCCCCAGCUCAAGUAACCACGUGGAACUGAGACUCCUGUCCCGCUCCGUGUCAAACCUUUGCAGCGCACACAUCUUGCAUUCAAGUGGCCGUUUCUUGUGAUGGCUUCUGCAGAACAAGUCGUUCUGGAUGACGCGCACGCCCCUGGCGAAGACGCAAAAAACGCCCUUUAUGAAGUAGCCGAGGCGAUCAAAGAGUCGAUCAAGAAGUCACGCCGCUCUUGGAAAAUCCACCAUGAGUCUUCAAUGUGGGCUAGAGCAGCGGGGCUAAGCGACGAGGAACUCACCAGUUUCUCGAGAGAUGAUCUCGCGCAAGUCCGAAAUGGACAAGCAAGCUACGGACACAUUAUCUUCGGGAAGCUGAGGCUUCCUGCUAUUAAUGAUGAGCUGGGCGAGGGAUUUAUUCAUGUCAGGAUCCACCACGAGGGAUCAUCUGGAUGGAAGCUACAUGCUAUCCAUCAUCUUACAACGUCCUUUGACAAUGACGGCCAUCCACAUGCAUGGCGUGCCAUCCAUCCUGAUGACUACCUGUUGGAGUUUUUCGAGUAUCAUUCCGAGCUUCACGAGGCGCCACAACGUCCUUCCCAUCGGUGAAUUGCGGCAUUAUCAGGGACAAAGAAAGAAGUGUGUGAUGAUACAUCAAGUUGUACGAUAUUCUGUUGUGACGUCCGCGGAGCCAUGUCGUGUUUUAUAUACAUCUCCCUGCGACAGUUACGUGUGAUUGAUUACUAGUAGCCCUCAGGUGUCCAUCCGCAAGUAAGAUGUCCCUGUCCUGUUAUCGCCGAAUUCAAUUGACCUGUCAGUCUGUCA